AUGAGUUCCUCUGAGGAUGAAGAUGUCCAUGCAGUCUCCAGCGAAGAAGAGGAAGAGGAGGAGUUUUCAAGGCCUAAAAGUCAUGGCACGAAGAAGAGAGCCAAGAAGACCAUUGAACAGCGGUAUCAGAAGAAGUCUCAGCUUGACCAUAUUCUUCUGCGGCCGGACUCUUACAUUGGCAGCACUGAGAAAAGUAUCCAGCAGCUGUGGGUUAUGCCCGAUGGGGCAGUCCGCAUGCAGCUUAAGAACAUUUCCUUUGCCCCUGGACUCUACAAAAUCGUCGAUGAGAUCCUCGUGAAUGCAGCAGACGUCAAAGCCCGAGAAACAGAGGGCCGAGAGGCUCCUCCGCGGGGAAAGAUGACUGCAAUCAAAGUCAAUGUCGACCCCGCAGAAGGCAUGAUUCGAGUCUGGAAUGACGGGGAAGGUAUUCCUGUGGCUAUUCACAAGGAACACCAGGUGUACGUUGCGGAGCUGAUCUUUGGCCAGCUGCUGACUAGCGAUAACUACGAUGACACGGAGGCGAGGGUAACAGGGGGUCGCAACGGCUUUGGUGCCAAGCUAACCAACAUAUUUUCUUCUUACUUCGAAGUCGAAUGCGCCGACAGCAAGCGCAAGCAGAAAAUCAAGGUAGUGUGGACAGAUAAUAUGGGCAAGCAGCAGGCACCCGUGCUCACCCCUUUCAAUGGCGCUGGCGACUUUGUCGCUGUAAAAUUUAAGCCCGAUCUCGGCCGCUUCGGGAUGUCUACGCUGGAUGAGGACUUGAUCUCGUUGCUGCGCAAGCGGUGUUAUGACCUGGCGGGGACGUCGGGGACGGCGGUGUAUUGGAAUGGCGUCCGCUUGCCUGUGAGGAGUUUUGUCGAUUACGUGGAUUUGUAUCUUGGAAGCUGCGGCUCUCGGAAGAAGGGCAAUAGGGGUAAAGAGGCGGCGGGGAGGGGCAAGAAGAGGAAGCGAAAAAAGAAAAAGGGCAGCGGCGAAAGCAGCGAAAGCAGCGAAGGCAGCGAUUCCGAGGCAGAGGACGCCGCAGAGACCCAGGCGGAUGAAGACAAGGAAAAUGAAAGGACACCAGAGAAGCAAGUCAUCAAAAUCCACGAGAAAAUGCACAGAUGGGAGGUCGUCAUAAGCCAGUCAGAUGGCAGCGGUUUCCAGCAGGUGUCCUUUGUCAACAGCAUCUGCACUCCCAAAGGAGGUCACCAUGUUAACCACGUCAUUGAGCCCCUCCUCGCGGCGCUCGUCAAAAAGGCGAAUGCGAAGAACAAGGGCGGCAUGGAGAUCAAGCCCCCGCAUGUCAGGCAACAUCUCUGGGUCUUUGUUAAAUGCCUCAUUGAGAACCCUGCUUUCGACUCCCAGACAAAGGAGACGCUAACCACCACCGUCUCCCGUUUCGGCAGCAAGUGCAACCUUUCCGAGAGGACAGUUAAUGCCGUCGCCAAGUCUGCCAUCCUAGAUGGCGUGCUGCUAUGGGCACAAACGAAAGCGCAGGUAGAGCUAAGACGCCAAAUGUCUGUAGGAAAGACGAAAGGCAAGGAGCGCCUCACGGGAAUUUCCAAGCUCGAGGAUGCAAACGAGGCGGGUGGUCGUUACGCCCAGGCAUGCACAUUGAUUCUCACAGAGGGUGACAGCGCCAAAACGUCCUGCCUUGCCGGACUCUCCGUUGUGGGGAGGGAGAAGUAUGGCGUGUUUCCUCUAAGGGGAAAGCUGCUGAAUGUGCGCGAGGCCUCUUUCAAGCAGCUAAAGGAAAACCGCGAAAUACAAAACAUACUCCGAAUCCUUGGCCUGCAGAUUAAUGACAAAGUUCAAGACACACGCGGCCUACGCUACGGAUCACUCAUGAUCAUGACGGACCAAGAUUACGACGGUUCCCACAUAAAGGGUCUGCUCAUCAACAUGCUGCACCACUACUGGCCUCAUCUGCUCCAAUGCAACCACUUCCUUACGGAGUUCGUUACGCCUAUCGUCAAGGUAUCCAAAGGCUCGGUAGAGAAGGCGUUCUUCACGCUUGUGGAGUACGACAUGUGGAGAAAGCAGGCAGGCAACCUUUCUGGCAGUAACGACGGGGAGCUGAUUGAUAUGGCCUUUAGUAAGAAGCGCGCAGAGGACAGGAAGCGGUGGCUGCAGGGUUACCGCGAGGGGACCUUUGUAGAUCACUCCGUGCGUGAGCUUACCUUCUCUGACUUUGUGAAUAAGGAGCUCGUGCAGUUUUCUCGUUACGAUAACGAGCGCUCAAUCCCGCAGCUUGUCGAUGGCUGGAAGGUUGGGCAGCGCAAAGUGCUGUUUGCCGUCUUCAAGAAGAACACGAAGGCCGAGCUGAAGGUGGCGCAACUCUCUGGGUAUGUUGCCGAGCAGAGUGCGUAUCACCACGGCGAGCAGUCUUUGCAGCAAACCAUCAUUACCAUGGCCCAGCGGUUCGUUGGAAGCAACAAUCUUAAUUUCCUUGAGCCCGUUGGUCAGUUCGGAUCCAGAAAAGAGGGCGGGAAGGAUGCGUCUGCACCCCGCUACAUCUUUACAAAGCUCGCACCGUACACACGCCUCGUUUUCCCCGAAGCCGAUGACCCUCUGCUCGAGUACCUCUAUGAGGAGGGGCAGAAGAUCGAGCCGAAAUACUACGUUCCUGUCAUCCCCACCGUGCUUGUCAACGGCAGCGAAGGCAUCGGCACGGGGUGGUCUUCCUUCAUUCCCAACUUCAAUCCCAGAGACAUCAUCGCCAACCUCAAGAGGUUCAUUGCCGGGGAGGAAAUGGUGCGCAUGAAACCUUGGUAUAGGGGGUUCAAGGGCGUCAUCGAAGAAAGUCCCACCAAAAUCGCAUUCGAAACCGUCGGGCUCGUCGAGAGGAAAGGCGAAGAUGUCAUAGAAAUCACCGAGUUGCCCAUCAAGCGCUGGACACAGGAUUACAAAGAGUGGCUCGAAGAGCAGUUACCGGCACCCGAGAAGAAGGAGCCCUUAAUCUCCGAUUACCGAGACAGCAGCAGCCACGAAGACAUCAAAUUCGCCGUGAAAGUCUCCCCAGAGCGACUUGCGAGCACCGACGAUGAAGGCCUCCUUAAGCUUUUCCGUCUGAAGUCAUCUCUCAGCACUCAAAAUUACCACCUCUUCAACGCCGAAGGGAGGGUCCAAAAGUACGCGGACGAGCUGGAGAUCAUGCGCGAUUUCGCGACCAUCCGAUUGGCAUACUACGAGGGAUAUGAUCCGAUGCGCGAGCUUGAAAAGAAGUGUGCGGCUCUGAUUGACAGCAUCUUGAAUCAUAAGAUUCCUCAGGAGCACGGUUUGUCUGAUAAAGAAAGCGCUGAUGAAGAGCCUGCAACCGCCUGUGGGUGUGUCGGGUCAGAUUUCGACUAUCUCGUGGGGAUGCCCCUCUGGAGUCUCACGGCUGAAAAGGUUGCAGACCUCAAGAGACAGCUGCGAGACAAGGAAAUUGACCUGGAGGGGCUUCGUCAGACUGACAUUCGGGCCUUAUGGCUGAAGGACCUAGACGCCCUCUUGGAAGCCAUUGAGAAGCAGGACGCAGCGGACCUUAAGCAGAGAGAGGCAGAUCAAGCUUUCCACAGGCAGUUAGAAAGCAAGAAGGGCCUCAAGGGUUUCGCAGCGCUCAAGGGCAAACCCAAAGCUGCGAAGGAAGCGAGCGCGGCUGCCCCCAAAGUGGGGAGUGCCAAGUCGGCUUCCAAGACUCGCACGAAGAAGGUUCACUCGAGCUCCGAGGAGGAAUCGAUUAGCUCUUCUGAUGCUUCAGAAGAAUCGCCUGACGAAUUAAGUCUCGACGAUGACUCUUCUGACGAAGACCGGCCACUAAAAGUGCGCGCAAGGCCCCCACAGACGCAACAGAAAACAAACGGGGUGCAGCCAGACGAGCCACCGAAGGCGGCUUGUUCAAAAGUUUCCCCAUUGAGGGAAGGAGCUAUACAAGGAGAAAAGCCAUCCUUAGCCCCGCCCCUGUUCGGUACCAGUGCGUUGAGUGAAAAGAAAGAAUCGGUUCAGGAAAUCCAGGCCGCUCCUCCCCCGAUACAGUCGCUUUCGCUUCUGGAUCGGCUCCGGCUUGGGGGGGGCUGUUCCUUCUCCUCUUCAGCUCCCAUUCGAACCAAACAGUUGACGCUCGAUGAGAUUUUUGCACCCACUGCCAGCAGCUCGAGCAAACCCUCAGAAGCUGGUAAACCUAUCCAGACCUCCACCGUCAAGGCGUCAGAAACUUGCGAUCACAACGUAGCGCCAACGAACAGCAUGGCCAUUGGCACUGCGAGCGUUGAGGCAGACACUCUGAAUUCGGGAAUAUUAAAAACUCCCCCCAAACCAAAGCGACGCCGGAUACUUGCUGACUCUAGUGACUCUGACGGAGCCACAAAAUCCACAUCCAAGCCCAAGCAGGCCACUCCCAGAAAGUCCGCUUCGACGACACCUCAGAAGAGGCCUCAAACAACACCAAAGAAACACAAGCCGCAGCGUGACGACGAGGAUUCGGAUUCGGCCAGAGGUGAAGACUCCCACAUUGGAGAAUCCCCUAUAGCAUCCAACAGGCCCCGUCGGGCUGCAGCACAAGCGCCGAAGAAAUACACAGUGGCAUCUUCGGAAUCAAGCAACGGCGAAAGCGAUGAGUCUGAAGAGGCGUCAGAGGCAGAGAGCAUUUCCGAAGACGAUGAAUAG